AUGCCUAUUGUCAACUUUGUGAACAGCACAACAAAGGCCACAACAAUGGUAGGGUCAGAGAGCUUUGGAAAUCUCCAAUUCGUAUACCAAAAGCUUUGCGAUCCUUUCUCAGUCAAGACUCUACAGACUUCAAGCGGCACAAUCAACUACAAGAUGAAACCUAGCAACAAGCAAAUACCCAGGGACGAUGAUUUUGAGUCAGAGGACGACGAUACGAGUUCUCAAGACGAGGACGACAGUCCUGAGAGCAAUGAUAGCAUUGACUUGAGGCCUGGGGGCAAUUACACCGGUGACAACCGUGAACCGCAUGCGCCAAGAGGUCCCAAGAAGAUAGUGAAUUACCAUGGAAGAGCUCUAGCAAUCCCAACAUCUGCUGGACCAAAUGGAUAUAUUCACGCUGAUUUUAUCAGGCGCGAGUUGGAAAUGAUCCUGGCCGAAGAAGAGAUGAACAAGUACAGCAUCGUACAAAAAGAAGACGAGAACGUUGAAAGACUUUUCGAGAUUGCGAAUGAAGUUAUACUUGCCGAAAGAACGGCAUUGCACUACUCCAACUUCCAUACAUACAAUGCAUUCCGAGACAUCGACACCCCCGAACAAGCGCGUCAAGCAGUCACAAAAGCGGACGGGGCUUGGAGGCAAAUGCCUCCCUACGCCAAUUGUUUGGGCAUGGCAAGUGCUUGCUGCAGCGCACUGCGCAAGCGACUACGAGGUCUCUCCCGCUUGAAGCGGUAUGCAUACCGAGUGGAACUUGUGACGGACAGUUGGAGGCAGGCUACCACCCACGACUUAGCAUAUCAUUGCAUAUGUAUCAUACGAUUAGACCAAUCCUGCAUCAUUUUAGAUCCAGUCUCCCAUCGUGGCGCGCAAAGGGUGUAUCUGAAUCAGAUCGGCGGCUACAGCGUCGAUAGGAACAUCCCCAGGGGCAUGCGUUGGGCAUACGUACCAGGACCUCGAAAUGCGCGUCUACUCGUGGAAUACGCUCCGCUAUAUCCAGAGCUUGCACUACCUCGACCAAUUACUGGCGACCUACCUGAGGCCCUGGCAAUAAGCUACAGCGAUCCAUUCGCCAUCAUCAAGGGUGGAUUAGCUGGGGGUGUCAUAAAUUUGACAUACCCUUCAUCCGGAAGGCGAUAUGCAUCGAAACAUGGACGUUUUCCAAGCCGUCGUACCAUCAACAUGAUGAGCAUCUGGGACCGUCAGCCAAGCUUCAAGAGUAUAUAUUCCGUCGCCACGAAAAGCAAAUCGCCCGAAUUUCUCGUAUCGACAGCUACCUUGCGAGUGAACUUCGGGCCACGGCGCUCAUUAGUCAUGGAGCGUAUCCCAUGCGCAGACUGGCUCGCAAGGCCUGAAAAUCGACACCUACUAGAAGAUUUGAUAGCAUACACAUCGCCAGUGUCCACAAACGAUUGGAUAUCAAAGCGUUUUGCCACCUGCGAAGUCAGGUUCAGGAACUGGUCAAGACUCAUCGAGAAAGGGUUCACUGCCCGAGAACGGCGAGGAAUUCGGUUGCUCGAUGCCAUCAGCGGAGGACUCGAUCAACCAAAUGGCGAGGUUAAGAAAAUAGCUAACGUAAUGCUGAGUGUCUGGAGAGCGCAGGCUGCAGCAUCAGUUGAUGUGAUGGUGUGA